CCGCGCGCGAGUCGACCGCCUUCGACGACGCCGCGACCCAAACCUUACUUCCGCGUUCUACCGCUUUCGCUUCGUAAACAAAUUGUGCGAACGUUUCGUGUUUCUAAACAUACUUUUCGACAUACCUUAAAAUAUUGGACUCAUUUACGAAACUGCACAGGAAUUAUGCUUACUCGAAAUUAAAGGGCUUCCUACGAUGGCUACCAUCAAACCUUGCGGCUUCGGAUGCCUACUAACGUUAUUGGCAUGUAUAUCUUCAUGUUGGAGUGAUCCAGAGGUUUAUUAUGAAAAACAGCGGUACGAUGGUUGGUUCAAUAACAGAGCCUAUCCCGAUUGGGGCUCAGUUGGCAGCCGACUAACAAGAAAAACGCCCGCUUCAUACGCUGACGGCGUGUAUAUGAUGGCGGGUGUAGACAGACCAGGCGCAAGAACUUUGUCGAAGCUUUUCAUGCGAGGACAGGAUGGACUACCGUCAACCGCUAACAGAACAGCUUUGCUUGCAUUUUUCGGUCAAGUUGUCACGGGAGAGAUAGUGAUGGCCUCAGAGUCCGGGUGUCCGAUCGAGCAGCAUCGCAUCCCAGUAGAUAAAUGCGACCACAUGUACGACCCAGAAUGCCAAGGCGCUAUGUACAUGCCCUUCCAUAGGGCUGCUUACGACAGAUCUACUGGACAAAGUCCUAACAGUCCUCGAGAACAAAUAAAUCAGAUAACAUCUUGGAUUGACAGCAGUUUCGUGUACAGUACGAGUGAGGCCUGGGUGAAUGCAAUGAGGUCAUUUCAGAAUGGAAGUUUGGCAAGUGAAGGAGGAAUGCCUUUACGUAAUACGAAGCGUGUACCACUCUUUAACAACCCAGUUCCUCAUUACAUGAGGAUGCUCAGUCCCGAAAGGCUAUUUUUGUUGGGCGAUCCGCGUACAAAUCAAAACCCAGCGAUGGUAACAUUUGGCAUACUAUUGAUGCGAUGGCACAACGUAGUAGCAGCGCGUGUUCAUCGACAACAUCCAGACUGGAGUGACGAACAGCUGUUCCAGCGAGCGAGAAGAAUCGUAAUUGCGAGCUUACAGAACAUUAUCCUUUAUGAGUACGUCCCAGCUUUCCUAGGCAUCCCCAUCCCACCAUACUCUGGAUACCGCGCAGACGUAGCGCCAGGUGUCACACACGCCUUCGCAGUGGCUGCUUUCAGAUUUGGACAUACAUUAGUACCACCGGCCAUAUUGUUGAGAGACAGAAACUGUAGAUACGGUAGAGCGCCUGGCGGUCAUGAUGCAAUUAGGCUGUGCCAAACAUGGUGGGAUGGAAAUGAUGUUAUGUCUCAAGUUCCUAUAGAAGAAGUUCUUAUGGGUAUGGCAUCACAAUUAUCAGAGCGUGAGGAUGCACUCUUAUGCUCAGACGUGAGGGAUAAUCUCUUUGGACCGAUGGAAUUCUCACGAAGAGAUCUCGGUGCUUUGAAUAUUAUGAGAGGAAGAGACAACGGCCUUCCCGACUACAACACCGCUAGGGAAUACUUUGAUCUACCUAAAAUCAAAACUUUCAAUGAAAUUAAUCCACAACUUUUCGAAAAUAAUCCUGACUUACUCCAAAAUCUGAUUCAAAUUUACGAAGGCAGGCUCGAUAACAUAGACGUUUAUAUUGGUGGAAUGCUUGAAUCAACUGGUCACCCGGGAGAACUAUUCAGAGCAAUCAUCAUUGACCAGUUUACAAGAAUACGAGACGCUGACAGAUUUUGGUUUGAGAACGAAGGAAAUGGGAUAUUUACCCACGAAGAAAUCGCUGAACUACGUCGUAUAAGUCUUUGGGACAUUAUAGUAAAUAGCACAGCAGUAGGUCCUAACGAUAUCCAACGAGAUGUAUUCCACUGGAGAGAUGGAGAUCCGUGUCGUCAGCCAUAUCAGCUAAACGCAUCUAAACUACCACCUUGCAAAUAUCUGAAGGGCUACGAUUACUUUGAAGGCAAUGAGUUUGCAUACAUUUACACCUGUUUAAUACUCGCGUUCGUUCCGAUACUUUGCGCUGGUGCAGGCUACGGUGUGGUAAAACUGCAAAAUAGCCGACGUCGUCGCCUUAAGAUACAGCAAGAACAUUUGAAGAACGCUGAACAAAAAGGUUCUGUAGAUAAAAUGGUAUGUAGGGAAUGGGUACACGCAUCCCACAAGAGGCUAGUAAAGCUCAGACUUGGUCCAGAAUCUGCACUACAUGUGACCGACCGCAAAGGUGAUAAGUUACGCACUCUCCCGCUAGAGCACACUGAUCAACUCACUGUAUUGGAGAGUCAAGAAAGUCAUACCAACAAACGUCCCCUUGUUCUAAUUCGAGUGCAGCGUGAACAUGACCUUGUUCUAGAAAUGGAUUCUCUUGCUUCGCGUCGCAAAUUUCUGGUUAAAUUCGACGCCUUCCUCGCGCAACACAAAAAAGCGCUUAAUCUUACUCAGGGACAUCGAGAUCAAAUCUUAGCAUCAGCGGAAACAAGAGAACGACGUCAAAGAAAACUAGAACAUUUCUUUAGGGAAGCAUAUGCUAUUACUUUUGGUCUUGCACCAGGUGAAAAAAGAAGAAGAUCAGAAGAUUCCGAUCCAGAGUCUAUUGUAAUGAGAACAUCUUUAUCUAAAGGAGAAUUCGCAAGUGCUCUAGGAAUGAAAUCAGAUGCAGUUUUUGUAAAAAAAAUGUUCAAUAUUGUGGACAAAGAUGGUGAUGGAAGAAUAUCAUUUCAGGAGUUUCUUGAUACUGUUGUAUUAUUUUCACGCGGAGCAACAGAUGACAAGCUUCGAAUUAUAUUUGAUAUGUGUGAUAAUGAUCGCAACGGUGUGAUCGACAAAGGCGAAUUAAGUGAAAUGCUGCGUUCGUUAGUCGAGAUUGCAAGAACCACAUCAUUAAGAGAUGAACACGUUACUGAACUCAUAGAUGGCAUGUUCUCUGAUGCUGGUCUUCAGCACAAAGAUCAUCUCACGUAUUCGGACUUUAAGCUUAUGAUGAAAGAAUACAAAGGAGAAUUUGUUGCUAUUGGAUUAGACUGCAAAGGCGCUAAACAAAACUUUUUGGACACAUCUACAAAUGUUGCAAGAAUGACCAGUUUUCAUAUUGAACCAUCGAUGGAUCAAUCUAGGCAUUGGUUCCUUCUUAAAUGGGACUAUCUUACGACAUUUCUGGAGGAAAACAGGCAGAAUAUAUUCUACCUGUUUGUAUUCUACGUCGUAACGAUAGGGUUAUUCGUGGAAAGAUUUGCACAUUAUUCAUUCAUGUCUGAACAUUUGGAUCUGAGGCAUAUUAUGGGAGUUGGAAUUGCUAUAACUAGGGGAUCGGCGGCUUCCUUGUCUUUCUGCUACAGUCUUCUAUUGUUAACUAUGUCGAGAAACUUGUUGACUAAGUUAAAGGAAUUCAGCAUACAACAGUACAUUCCCCUAGAUUCAAGUAUCCAGUUUCACAAGAUUGUAGCUUGUACAGCCCUGUUUUUUUCCCUUCUCCACACAGCGGGUCAUAUGGUCAACUUUUACCACGUUUCUACACAACCAGUAGAAAAUUUACGUUGUUUAACAAAAGAAGUUCACUUCACAUCUGACUUUAGACCUGGGAUAACUUAUUGGGUCUUUCAAACUAUAACAGGCGUAACUGGUGUGCUCUUAUUUAUUAUAAUGUGCAUAAUAUUUAUAUUUGCACAUCCGGUUAUACGUAAACGCGCCUACCCGUGGUUCUGGCGCGCGCACUCCCUACACGUGGCGCUCUAUGCACUAUGCCUCGUGCACGGGCUUGCAAGGCUCACUGGAGCACCGAGAUUUUGGAUAUUCUUCCUCGGACCAGCUGUUAUUUACACUUUGGAUAAAGUGGUAUCGCUACGCACGAAAUAUCUGGCUUUAGAUGUUUUGGAAACGGAAAUGUUACCAUCCGAUGUCAUAAAAAUCAAGUUCUAUAGGCCACCUAACCUUAAAUAUCUUUCAGGCCAGUGGGUUAGACUAGCCUGCACGGCUUUUAAGAAGGAAGAAUUUCAUUCGUUUACACUGACAUCAGCGCCUCAUGAGAACUUCCUCUCUUGUCACAUAAAAGCGCAAGGACCUUGGACUUGGAAGCUCAGAAAUUACUUUGAUCCUUGCAAUUAUAAUCCUGAAAACCAACCGAAAAUAAGAAUUCAAGGACCCUUCGGAGGAGGAAAUCAAGACUGGUACAAAUUUGAAGUAGCAGUUAUGGUUGGUGGUGGCAUUGGUGUAACUCCUUACGCCUCAAUUCUAAAUGAUCUGGUCUUUGGUACCUCAACCAAUAGAUAUUCAGGAGUUGCUUGCAAAAAGGUCUAUUUCCUUUGGAUUUGCCCUUCACAUAAACAUUUUGAAUGGUUUAUCGAUGUAUUACGAGACGUGGAACGUAAGGACGUUACAAAUGUUCUGGAAAUACACAUAUUCAUCACACAGUUCUUCCACAAGUUCGACCUUAGGACGACAAUGCUGUAUAUCUGCGAAAACCACUUCCAAAGGUUGUCCCGCACGUCCAUGUUCACGGGUCUUAAAGCUGUCAAUCAUUUUGGACGACCUGACAUGUCCUCCUUUCUGAAAUUUGUGCAGAAAAAGCACAGUUAUGUUUCUAAAAUUGGUGUGUUCUCUUGCGGUCCUCGGCCGCUCACCAAAUCUGUCAUGUCAGCAUGCGAACAGGUCAACCGCACGAGACGACUACCAUACUUCAUUCACCACUUCGAAAACUUUGGAUAACCAAAAUCAAAAACCUAGAAGUUGCCCGGGAGUGAAAUAUUAACUAACGUAUAUUUAUUUUAGAAUAUUUAAAAAAAUAAUUAUUAAAUCAUGCAUUUUAAAUCAUCAUAUUAAACUGUUAUUCAUGAAGAUCAUGCAUGCUUUGUGAAUAGUCUUUAAGGUUACGGCCACAUCUAUGCAAACAAGCGAACGCAUAUAUAAGCUUACAAUUUAAUGACUAAAACAGUUGCUAAGCACCCAGUCCACGGAUCAGGUGCUUAGCAUUUCAUACAAACCUACUUUUUUUCAUCUUUUGCAAAUUUAAAUACCAUCCUUUAUUUGCUGACGUGAAAUUUUACACGUACUUAUGUAAGUCAGUUUAUAUUAAGUUUUCUUAAGUCAUUUCUGUCGUCAUUAUUUAUACUUAAUUAUAAUUACUUAAUUUCUUGUGUUUUUAUUAUAAUGUUAAAACAUGUUUUUUUUUCCUUAAAUAUGUAUAAAUUUAAAAGAAUUUUCGUACUACACUCCUUAGUCAUAUUUUAUUUCACAGUAUUUCGCUUUUUUCGUCUCAGAUGCUGCUGUUUUAACACAAAAUCAUUGCGGCGUUAGUACAAAACAACUUCGCAUUUUUAUGUACAAAGCUAUAUAAAACUUAGAAUUAUUGUAGAAUACUCAUUGCAACUAUAUAAUAAAUUAUUUACCAUAAUUUAAAUUCAAAAUUUUAAAUGUAAAUAAUGUAGAUAGAUUUUAUCGGCUAGAAUAAGUUACCAAUUUUUACAAGUUUAUAAUGUAAAUAAU